AGUAGCAUCAGCACCAGGAGCAGUGCAUGCACAGUAGUCUCACGCGAAGAAUCCUGGACACCCCAAACAGCAGCGGAGGACCCUCUGUGCGUCAGGCCGUGCGUUUUGUCUGCGUCCCAAUGUGUUUUUUACCAAAUGGAAGCAGAGGUGGCGAGGCCGCUCAUAAUGGCCGACGUUAACGGUAACAAUAAAAUGACCAACGCUGAGCUGGAGGUGUUAAAGCUGCAGGAAUUGGUGCGAAAAUUGGAGAGGCAAAACGAACAAUUGCGGACUCGAGCUAAUGCUGUAAACCAUUGUACUUUGGGCCCACCACAGCUCCAGACCAGCGACUGUACGAGCGCGCUGUGUCUGCGCGGAGGCACAGUCUGUCCGGGGGAGACUUUAUUUCAAAAUGUGGACAUUUCCAGUCCGUCAAAGACUCCGCUGUGUACCGCUACGCCUCGGGGUUCAUCAGAUGAACCUAUCGCCUAUUUUCAGCCAAGCUCCACGUCUCCUCCUGGUGCGGCCGAAGAUGACAACGAACCGACUACUGUGCUGGAUGAGGUGGAGGUUUUAGACUUGGGCUGUGCGCUCCCCAUUGAGGAACAGGACAGAUGGCUGUAUGCAAGUCCCAAGGAGAGGCUAAAUGGUGACAGUGCCCUCAGUCCACUCCAGUGGUGCAGGCAGGUCCUGGACCACCCAGGGCCUGAGGUACAGCUGGCCAGGAUGAUGCUGUGUCACAGACUGGAUCAAGCUAAACGGUGGAGAGGAGUUUCUUCUGUCCGUCCAUACAGCUGUAUAGAAGGAUUUUCUACUCUGAGCUGCUCAGUCCUGCCUUAUUCUAAACCUUCUGCACUAUCUGAACCCACAGCUCCCUUGCCAUCUGGUCAAUCUUUUCUUCUGCCCACCCCCGCACUUAGAGCAAGUUGCAGUCUAAGUGACAGAGCGCCCACCUUUUUAUCAAACUCUACUUUACACAAUGUGGGUCGACGACAUGCAACAAUCAGCCCUCAGUCUUCCUUGGACAGUGAAGUGGGUGUGUCAGAACUGGAAGACGACUCCAUAUCAAUGAGCUACAAGUUACAGGACAUGACGGAUGUAGAGGUCAUGGCACGGCUUCAAGAGGAGAGUCUCAGACAGGACUAUGCCUCUACCUCAUCGACAACUAGCCGUCGCAGUUCCACUUUUUCCAUACAUUCCCUGAGGAGAAGUGAAAUGGAUUUGGAGGAAGAAGAUGAAGAGGAUGAAGGUUACGACCAGCUUCCUCCUCCUCAGCCUCGACUCUUUCGUACUGGGUCUAUGCAGCGAGCUGGGCUGCCUCAUUCUCACACCUUCUCCUCUAUAAGAGACUGCAGACGCAGCUCCUCUCAGUUUUCACUCAAUGGACUUUCACAGUUUUCUGGGCCCUCAAGCCUGACUACUGAAUCCCCCACAGUGUCAAACAAUAGCACAGACAAACUUCGAAGAAGCAUGCCCAAUCUGAUCCGAGCUCCAAGCAUGUCUAGUGUUCCCAGUAUCCCUUGCCUGUCAGCCCUUACAAACCCUGCACAUGGCCCCUCAUCUUUACCUUCAAUGCCCACCCUCCGGAACAGCCAGAGUUUUGACUCAUGCAGUGGACUUGCACGGCUUCAGUCCUCCAUUCCUCCUCCAGGUCAGCUUAGUCAGCGUGUUCAGAGUGUGGGCAACUUUCCAUCUAUGCCUCGGCACCCUCUAAAAGCCACUGCCUAUGUGAGUCCAACUAUCCAGCAUAGUCCCACCUCCACAGGCCUAACCACCUCCACCAGUUUGAAUAGUAUCUCCAGCAGUGCUGGAGUGCCUCAGCCUCUCAAACCUAGCAGCAGCAGCUUGGUACCCCUGUCUUUAAAGACCAGUGCCAAUCACCCUCCUCGAAGCUCUCUUCCACGUCCAGCAUCUUUUGUAGGAACAAGUUUACGCACAAGCAAAAUAUCACAGCCCACACGGAGCUUACUGACUCCCCCAAAGAGCAUUGCUGCCCUAAGCGCAUUAAGGGAUGGAAGCUGGAAAGAUGGCUGCUAUUAAGUUAACUAAUAAGUAAAUUAAUGCUAAUGGUGCACAGGGUUAUACUGUAUUAACUAAAGAACUGUUUGGAUAUGUCAGAUGUAUGUCAAUUUUGGACUAUGAUCCAAAUAGAGAAGGACUGUUAACAUCCAAAAGCACUUCUUUUUGAGGGAAUGUCCAAAAAAGGGGUGUGAUGGGUCCAGCAGGCUGGAUCUGUGGAUUAUUACUCAUGAAACAAACUGACACAGCCGGAUAAAAAACUGGCAAUACUUUACAGAUAAUUUACUAAACAAAGUGUGUGUUUUCUUUUGUGCUUUCCCUUUUUGUUGUGUGUUAUCAAUUCAUUAAUGUGCAGCUAUUUUGACGACCCUAAAGGUGAUGCAUUUGUCUUGGUAUAAACUGUACAUUUUUCUUUACUUAAAAUAAUAUAAAUGCCCAUCACAUACUGUAUUCUGUUACAUCAUGUGCCUUCUAAAGGUGGUGUGAUAGUAGCAGGUUUGUAUUUUUGUAGCUUCUAUUAUCACAAGGCGUCCAAUCUAACAUGUAAAUCUUAAGUGAGACAUUAUUUCGUCUUUUUGUUUCAGCUGUUGUUUGCACAGCAGAUUCUUGUAUUGUUUCAUUUACAUCAGUGCUGCAUUAAUCUUGCACAUUAAAUCCUAAUGCUUUCUUUAAUGAAUAAAAGGACAUUUGUAAGGUG